AUGCGGCUACAGAAGACAGCAUCAUCUUUCUUCCAGUCCAGGUCCGUUUCUGGGCAGUCCGUUCGAAGUGUCUCAAACUCACCACUGGCAUCUCCUACUAUUGAGAAGGCUGGGUCUCUGGAGGCUCAGCCUCCUUUAUCGCCCAAUCCUCAAUCAAGACCUUCAUCUCAUCCAGCCGUCACUAAGAGUGACGACAAAAGAAACCGUCGGAGAUCAUGGUUCGGACGAAGUAAGAGCACCGAGGGCAUAGAAAAGGGGCCCAAGGCAUGGGUCAUCGGCCACCCAGAACGUCGUCCAUACGACCUCUUUUGUCUGACUGGUGGGGAACAGGUGCUGGAACUGUGGGAUGAGACCGCAGACUGCGAGGUAUAUUUGUUUCCAAGGACUUCUGGCAAGGGUCCUUCAUUCAGAAUUGAUCCGGCGUUGUUAUCUUCAUCCAAAUUGUUGUCCGGACUCGUCAUACCUUUUGAGGCGGAUAUCAAUACAAACACGGGUGGACCUCAUACGCCGCCUAUGACUCCUAAGAGUGGAUCAAGGUGUCAGCUCUUUCUACCCAUCACACUGAAAUCCGACGUGGCGCUGUCGGUGCCCAAUGGUUGCCAAGGACUAUCGAGCGAUGAGGAGACUCUUGUUGCAACACGCAACCUUUUUGCCUUCCUUGCUGGAAAGUCCUUGGUUGCUACACAGGAGAACCCGAAUGUCUUUUCUGUUUUCAUUAAGGUAGCAGAUGCUCUCAAACAAUUCGGCUUCUCUAACUUCGAUGGAUCUACAUUUGGCGAGAUUGCAACAUCCAAUUUCGACAAAUAUGUGGAUGAGCUCGGUCUGGCCGAUGUGAGAUCAAGUCGUGAAAAGACCAUUGAUUCAAUGAUCCUCGGAGAGCGGAUGAAGAGCAUUAAGUUGUAUAACGAGGCAUUCACGCACGCUUCCGGCAGGUACGACGAGCUCUCGAGAUUGGGAAGUCCUAGGUUCAGACUGAUUAGUCCCAUAUCUGCCAACAGGCUAGGACGUGCAGCGAUGGAUCUGGAGAAGCGUACAGCAAGCGUUCGGCAUACUUUGGAAGCCUUUGAAUUUCCGCAACUUUUUUCUGGCUUCCUGAACAGCAAAACAGUCGAUGAGCGCAAGGACGUUGACUUUGACAUCUUGCGAGACUCGUUUCUCGCGACUCGAAAAUUUGUCAUCUCAUACUACAAGAUCCGAUUUGAGCUAUACGGUGACUUUUGCGCUGUGUACGACUUCCUGGUAGAUCGCACAAGUCUAACGACUCGUACUGCGGAUGGCGUCUUAAUUGAUGACAGAGAUGCUGAUGGACCACGGGUACGAGCACUCCGCGCAGUACUUAGCGAGUACGACCGAUCUUCACCCCCCGUCAAACCGCCGAUCCCCUACGAUCUUCCUAUCAUCCCAUCGUUAAGACAAACCCGUUGCAAUGGAUGGGGUGAUGCGAAGAAAGAAGCGAAGGCUAUAUCGAAGAAGUUAAAAGAGGAUGACAUUGCAGAGGUUAUGACAGCUUCACACAAUAUUGACGUCCUACCCUCGCCGUUCUUGAAUUCCUUCAGAGAAUUCGAACGAAAGGUAGCGAAGAAUCGCAAUAUCAAGGAAAUGGCAGAAAUUCGCAUGGGCCAAUGGCUUUUCGUCUAUGCCGUAAUACAAGCUCUACCAAUGGUCACUGUCGACGGACCUCAGCUCCAGCAUACUCAGGGCGUAGAGUAUUUCCUUUGCGAAUCUCCUAGGUUCGGUGUGCCUUGGGCGAGAGAAGAAGCGCUGCGUGACGUCAGUCAUACUGGAAUAGCUAGAGCAGGGGGUAUUGCUCGUCUCCCUGCUGAUGUUUUUCAUCACGGCGCGGAAGGUAUAUACUUCCGAAGCCACUGUUGGCAGGCAGCUGAAAAAUGGAGUGCUGGGAACGCAGCACCGAUCAGUAGGAACGGCAGUCCCGUCCAUGGCGUCGAAGGUCGACAAGCAGUAGGCCUUGGUUUGGAUGUACUCCCAGCUGCUACAGGUAGCAGGACUCGUACAGCAAGGCCAGUCAGCGUGUAUGACCCCAACUUGACGUUCGACUCUAUUCUAGGUGGUACAGGCAAGAAGAAGUGA